AUGUCCAGAAGAUACGAUUCAAGAACUACUAUUUUUUCGCCUGAGGGUAGAUUAUACCAAGUGGAAUACGCUCAGGAGGCUAUAUCCCAAGCCGGAACUGCAAUUGGGAUACUUUCCACAGAAGGUGUUGUCUUAGCAUGUGAGAAGAAAUUCACUUCCAAGUUGUUAGACAACGAUGGAUCUGCUGAAAAGUUGUACAUUUUGAAUGAUAAUAUGAUCUGUGCUGUAGCCGGUAUGACAGCAGAUGCCGGAAUUCUCAUCAAUAAUGUCAGAGUUCAGGCACAGCAGUAUUUGAAGACUUAUAACGAACAGAUACCUUGUGAAUUGUUGAUCAAGAGAAUCUGUGAUGUCAAGCAAGGGUACACCCAACACGGUGGGUUAAGACCAUUUGGUGUCAGUUUUCUUUACGCUGGGUACGAUGAUAGAUACGAGUUCCAAUUGUUCACGUCUAACCCCUCAGGUAACUAUUCCGGAUGGAAGGCCACCAGUAUUGGUGCCAACAACUCAGCAGCCCAGACUUUGUUGAAGAAGGAUUACAAGGAUGACUUGAGUUUAAAAGAUGCAUGUAACUUGGCCAUCAAGGUGUUACUGAAGACAAUGGAUGCGUCGAGUUUGAAUAGUGACAAGUUAGAAUUUGCAACUUUGAGUUUAUCCAAGUUGGAAAAGGGAAAGACUGUGCGUAAGAUUUGGAAAGACGAAGAGAUCGACUUAUUGAUCAAGGAAAGCGGUGUAUUGGAUGAGAAGAAAGAUGAUGACGAAUAG